AUGUAUACACAUACGUUUAAAUGUAUUUUGAAUGUGUUCUAAGAUCUGAUUUCGAACGUUUCAUCGUUAAAAAACUUCAACAUAUGGAAAUUAAAAUGAGUAAUCUUGCAAAACAACUUAAACAGAUUUUGCAAAAGAUACCUCAUGCAAAUUCAGUACAGGUAACAGCUGAAGCUGAGCAGAAGAUAGAUAUUUUCCAAGAUCUACCUCUGAGAAAUAGAGACGAUUUACAAAUUAUGGAAAAUAAACUUAAUGACGAACAUUAUCGGAACGAAAUGAUUAAGCAAUUGCAUAGAUUAACAGGACACGACGUGAAGCAGUCCUGUUUAUGCUUAAUGAGACAAAUCUUCUGUAAUGAAGUUGCGGUGUUGUUUAGCUGGUAUGGUGCCAAAACAAAAGAAAACUUUUCCAAAUUGAAAUUGUGUCAAGUUAUUUUAAAUGUGAUAAGAAACGCACACGAAUUAGUAAGAGAUGAACAGAUUUCUAAUCCUAUAAAAAUUUGGUUGGCACAUGCCAAAGAGCGCAUGGAAAGAGAAAAGAAGAGAGAACGAAAUAAAGAAAACAAUAUUCCUGAACAAAACAACGGACAACACAACAAACCCGAAAAACUGGAAGAACGUCACUAAUUGAAAUUCCUGUGCAUGUAUUUUUCUGUUAAAACGGUGCUGUCAACAUUUUGCUUAAAAAUUUUUUCUAAAAAUUUUUUUAAGUACUAAAAAUGAAUGGAUACUUUCUCUCUUAUAUGAAAUUUUUGUUUAUUUUUUAAUUUUUUGUAUUUUCAGUUUUUUUCAGUUCAAGUUUCAGUUUUUUUCAAUAGAAAAUUUUGUUUUACGUAAACGCGUUUCCUUUAUCGUUCUGUACUAUUUUAUGAAAAGUUGCGAUUGAUAGGGGAUUCACCAUAUGGAAUCCUCGAUGCCUUAUAUAUAUUACUUAUAAGUUCAAAAUAAAGUUCAUUUUUAAUUACAAAAAUAAAAGUACUUUUCAA